AUGCUUAGANCACUGUUCGCCGACAACACGUACUCGAAGCCCUAUCUCGUCACUUACGUUAACACCGCCUGCUUCAUCAUCCCGCUCUUGCCCAUCGUCGCGCGACGCCUGUACCUAGGCGGCUCCCUUAAGACGCCGAGAUACGCUGCUGUGCCUCAGGACCACGACGAAGACGCAUACACGCAAGAGCACACCAGUGACUCUACUUCGCUAAAGCAUACGGCCAUCAACGAUGCUCAAGCCGUGGCUCCCUUGUCUCUGGGCGAGACCGCUCGUCUGAGUCUGGAGUUCUGCAUCCUCUGGUUCAUGGCCAAUUACUUCGUGGCUGCAUGUCUGGAACACACGACCGUCGCUUCGUCUACUAUUCUCACCUCGACGAGCAGUAUCUUCACGUUACUCCUAGGAUGUGCCGUUGGUGUCGAGAUCUUUACUAUGCGCAAGCUCUUUGGAGUCCUGGCUUCUCUGCUCGGUGUCGUUCUCAUCUCCUCUGUCGACCUCUUUGGCAACAACGAUAACGGCCGUGGCCUGUUUCCUCACAAGUCUGCACGUGAUAUUGCUGUAGGCGAUUCUAUGGCUCUGCUCUCUGCUGUGCUGUACGGAGUCUAUGCCGUACUCAUGAAGAAGCGCAUCGGAGACGAGCGCAGGAUAAGCAUGCCCUUCUUCUUUGGCCUUGUGGGUCUCUUCAAUGUCCUGCUGCUCUGGCCUGGCUUCUUGAUUUUGCACUAUACCGGUGUAGAGCCCUUUGAGCUGCCCCCGACUUCGAGGGUGACGGCAAUUAUUCUCGUCAACUCUUUCAGCUCCUUGCUCUCUGAUAUCGCGUGGGCUUAUGCUGUACUGCUCACUUCACCCAUUGUCGUUACAGUAGGCCUUUCAACCACUAUUCCGUUAUCGCUUAUUGGACAAUUGCUCAUCAACAACCAAACCUCGCCUGCUAUCUACUGGUUGGGCGCCUGUGUCGUUGUCUUGUCUUUUGUCUUUGUCAACCAUGAAGAAGCUCAAGAUGAGGCUACUCAAGAUCAACGCAUUUUAGAACAUGCAUCGUCGAGUAGAGAGGUACAACAGCAUGAGGAA